AUGGAAAGCGGGGCCAUUUCUGAUGCUCGAAUAAGUGCAUCUUCGCAUCGCAGGAGGAGCGGGCGACGUGACUAUUCUGCAAAAAAGGCAAGGCUAAAUUCAAGACAUUGGUGGAGGAAUGCAGGAUGCUGGGCAGCGGCUACAAGGGAUCUUCACCAGUGGCUUCAAGUGGACCUUGGUGGUUACACCAAAGUAACACGUGUCGCGACUCAGGGAAGUGGAUGCGGACUCUUAGGAGCCGGGGUGACAAAGUUUAAGAUCCGGUAUAGCUCUGACGGAGUCAUAUGGCAAUUUUACAAGGAGCCUGGUAAUUCGAAUGCAACGGUACGAUGGGCUUGCUAA